AUGAUGAAGCUGCAAUGUCUGAUGAUUGUGCACGUCUGGUGGAAGGCGUUUGCCGAGUUCUCCGAACCGGGCUUGCAGAAUUUAGUGCUGGCAAAGCCCGUCGCGCAAGGCUUCAACCGCACAGCAUUCGCAAGAACCUUGCAUGAGGUUUUGCGUGACCCGGUGAGGAUGAAGUUCGGUGAGUUUCAGAAGAUUUCGAACUUCAGAUCUGGGAAUACAUCGCACGGGAACAAAGAGCUCACCGCUAUCUCCGUUUCAUUUGGCCACGACUCAUCCAUAGCAAUUAGUCAAGGAGGGUCGAUUCAGUGUAUCCUGGAGCUUGAGAGGUUGUUUGGCAAGCGUUACUUCCACCCACUGUAUCCUUGUGCGGACCGCGCCGCGCCAUGCCCGGAUUGGACAUGGAUAUGGAGAGUCAGCAUCAAAGGUGCUUUGCGGGCAUUCCACAGGCACUGCUCUUGUGGCGGCACUGACUGUCCAACGGAGUUUGACGUUGGAGUGUUUAUCACGUUUAAUUCACCUCGAUACACUGCAAUUGCAGAUCUCAUCCAUCAAGUUUUUUCGGUAAGGGAGUGGCGUCUCCUGGAUCAUCACCAUGCGCACGCAUUGAUAGGCUUCUUCGAUUCGCAAUUCCCAUCAGCUUUAAUAGUCUCCUAUGACGCCGAGGGCAAUGAUGGGACCUUCAACGCAUAUGUUGGCUUAGGCCGCGACAUUGUGCGGGUGGCUCAGCUUGCCCUUGAUCCAGGGUAUAGAUACAACAUGAUGGGGGCGCUACUGCCGGAAGUGACUGGACUCUGGGACGAUCAUCCGUUGUUGUGUUCACACUUCGACCUUGCGAAUGAUGCGGUUUGGGUGGAUGCAACUGCUUUCUAUGAUCAUGUCAUGGUCAAGGGUACAAUUCUCAGCGUUGCUGGUAAGCUCAUGGGCUACGCAGCCACCGGUGAGGCCCCCGGCACACCGAUCACGGAACUGCAAAGCUUUGUCCGUGCCUAUUUCAGGUCAAAGGAAAGAUACGGUUUGAUACCUGCGCGUGUCCUGAGGGCGGCUUGUGGAGACCUGACGUCCCAGCGAUCUCUCGCAUGGAUAGUCCAGGAAGAGUUCAAUCAGCUGGUUACAGGUGCCGUAGAAGGUUUAUUGCUUCGAGUGUCUGAGAGCCUGCCAUUUUCCCUCCACGGUCUCGUAUUCACCGGCGGCUGUGCCCUAAACGUUAUCACCAACCAGCUAGCUUUCGAACGAUUCACCGACCGCGGUGCCGCAGUCUCCAAGACGAUCGUGGAACUCCCCAGCAACUUGAGGGUCAAGGACUUCCACGUCCCGCCCGCCCCGAACGACUCUGGGCUGUCGGCAGCUGGGCUGUGGUCCAUAUCGUCACCACAGAAGCACCAGCAACUGCAGUAUUUGGGGUUCGGCCUCUGGGAUGAAGAGGCUUUGGAAGCAUCAGCAGCAGAAUGGAAAGCAGUUCGCCUCAGUUCUCUGGGAGGUGUGGACUACCUUGCUGCCCUUCUUGCAGGUGAGAACCGAACAAGGAAGCCCAUUGUUGCCGUGGUACGCGGACGCCAAGAGUUUGGACCACGGGCUUUGGGUCACCGGUCGCUGCUGGCACUGCCCGAAGGCACUGAGAUAAAAGACCGGUUAAAUAGGCUCAAGUUCCGACAAUGGUACCGGCCAGUGGCCCCGAUGAUCGCAGAUGAAGACUUGGAGACUGUUUUUGGCUACGUGGCUAAAUCUCCCUACAUGACCAUGGCGCCACUGGUGAAGGAAGACAUCCGUGUUCGAUUCCCAGCCCUGGCACAUCUCGAUGGCACAGCCAGGCACCAGUCCGUGGGGCAAGCGGACGAGCCAUGGAUUCAUGCAUUGCUGCUGGCUGUGAAGAAGUGGACCGGCCUGGCUGCCCUCAUCAACACCAGCUUCAAUUCCAAGGGCAGGCCCAUAACAAAUCGGGUCCAAGAGUGCCUGCAGAUGUUGCGCGACUUGCCAGAUCUGGAUUUCGUCCUCAUCGAAGACUGGCUUUUCGAAGCCCAGAGAUGCAGC